AUGAUUUAUUAUAUUGUAUUAUUAUUAUUAUUUCCAAAUUGUUUGGCAAAUAGUAAAGUGCCACUGCUGUCCUUGAGCCAGCGAGAUACAUAUGUGAAUAGGACUAGUAAUGAACCCUUAAAGUUCCUCCCAUUCAUAAUGUUGAUAAAUCGUAACCAAGAUACAAGCGAAUAUUGGCGGGAAACUGAAAUUCUAUCACUUGUACGGAACAAUGAAUUAGACAUUGAUUUUGAGAAGUGCGAACAAAAAAGUCCGAAGCGAUCGCUGGUUCAGUUUCCAAGUAAACGGCAAGUCAGGCCAAUAUGUAGAAGUACAUAUGAUUACCAGCUUUGCCCUCAGUGUCCACGAUUCAGUAAUCGCACGGAGUGUGAACUAUUCCGUGACUCGUGUAUAGAGCGUAAAGUCCAUCCUUCAGAGUACCGCAACUACUGUGAUAAGAAAUACGGAAAAUGGAGAGCAAUGCUCAUACCAGCUGAUUAUAGUCAGUGUCGCUGCUGUGAUGACUGUGUUUUUUACCGAGAAUUAGACCAGUCGUGUGUUGAAGAUGAGUAUAAUUUCGACUCUGAAGAGUUUUUACCAGUCACGACUAUUGAUUUCAGAGCGGGUUGCAAUCCAUAUUGGGGUCACCCAGAGCAAGAAAUGAGGGCACUUCGCUGUGACCAAAUCCUCCGAAGAUGUGUUCCUGUUACUAUGCCUCCCUUACCAACAGAUACACUAAGCUAUAGCCGACGCAAUUUUCGCUUCGAACCGCCAUCAGGUGGUAGCGACUGUCCGAUAUCAUGUCGUGGCUUCGAGUGCCGGGGCGGUCUUGUGAAGGAGAACGAAUGUCCGCUCGGUGCUUAUCUCCCAGAUAAGGAGCUGUGCAAUUGCUGUGGAAAAUGCAGUACCUAUCAUCAAUUAAAUCAAAAGUGUGCAGAGUUUAAGAAGUUUCUUCAUAACGUGAAUGGAACCAAUGAGAUGGAGGUUGAAGAGGAAUUCUUGGAGCCGGGGUGUGAUGAUGGCCUCGUGUGUAGACAGGGCUUUUGUCAGGAUAUACACUCUGUGCAAACUUCAGCUGGUGUCAGACGAAAGCGUGAUGAACGAUUGCUAGAGGCUAAUGAGCCAUGCAAACAAGAGUUGAAAUAUUUCAAGAAAAAAUACGGAAAAGACGGUCACCUACAUUACAAUGCGCCACAAUGCACUCCCCUGUGGCUCUAUGCGCCUGUUCAAUGUCGAAGGUUCGUGUGCUAUUGCGCGCUUGAAGAUGGUACUUUUAUUCAGGGCAUCAAAGUGCCACGCGUUGAAGUAUCGAAUAUGAACUGCGACUGUGUCCGCGAGAAGUGUCGAACGGGUGCUGACGUGGAUUGCGAUGGUUACGGAAACUAUAAGGAGGCGAUGUUCACAGCCCACAUUGAGGGGGGCGACCAGAAAACUGACAAAACAAAGAAGACGAAUGUGAAAACGUCAACUCGAUCUCGAUCAAUAAGAACUGGCUACGAGGCUGCAUUGCCAACAAUGCCAUUACUGUAAAAUUUAAUUAUCAAUGAAAUGCCAUUAAAUAUAAUUCGGUG